CAUUGCUUUUCUUCUUUUCAGAUUCCCCCAGUAUUAAACCGGCCCUCAUGGCAGAGUUCAGGGAGAUGCUCAUCCCGGCAGCUACUGGAUGUUGCAAAGAAUCUUCAAGGCUGGUCUCAGAGAGAUAAAAGAAUGUGCUGGCAUGGACACGCAGGUGGAGGACUCCAUUCAGAUCCAAAGGAAGAGUUGAAAGAAAUAGAUAGCCGAAAGAUCAUCCACGCGAUGCUGUCGUACGUGUGGCCCAAAGAUAGGCCUGACCUCCGUGCCAGAGUUGCCGUAUCACUUGGAUUUUUAGCAAUUGCCAAGGGCAUGAAUAUAGUGGUUCCCUUCAUGUUUAAACAUGCAGUAGACAAUCUCAACCAGAUGUCUGGAAAUGUUCUGAACCUGAGUGAUGCACCCAAUACAGUUGCAACCAUGGCAACAGCUGUUCUGAUUGGAUAUGGCAUCUCACGAGCUGGGUCUGCUUUAUUUAACGAAGCUCGAAAUGCUGUCUUCGGGAAAGUGGCCCAAAGUUCCAUCCGAAGAAUCGCCAAGAACGUCUUUCUCCACUUGCAUAACUUGGACUUGAGUUUCCAUCUGAACAGGCAGACGGGAGCCUUAUCUAAAGCCAUUGACCGAGGAACGAGAGGGAUCAGCUUCAUCCUCAGUGCUUUGGUCUUCAACCUGGGCCCCACCUUGUUUGAAGUGUCCCUUGUCAGUGGGAUUUUGUAUUAUAAAUGUGGUGCACACUUUGCACUAAUAACCUUGGGGACAUUAGGAGCCUACACAGCAUUCACAAUAGGAAUUACACGAUGGAGAACUAAAUUUAGGAUAGAAAUGAACAAAGCAGAUAACGAUGCUGGUAAUGCUGCCAUUGACGCGCUGCUAAAUUAUGAAACUGUGAAGUAUUUCAAUAACGAAAAAUACGAGGCUGAGAGGUAUGAUGGAUAUUUGAAGAUAUAUGAAAAUGCCUCGCAGAAGACUACCUCUACCUUGGCUCUGCUUAACUUUGGACAAAAUGCCAUAUUCAGCAUCGGUUUGACAGCUGCUAUGGUACUAGCCAGCCAAGGAAUCCUCGCAGGUAACAUGACAGUGGGUGAUCUAGUGAUGGUGAAUGGAUUGUUGUUUCAACUUUCUUUACCCCUUAACUUCUUGGGAACCGUAUAUAGAGAGACGAGACAAGCGCUCAUAGACAUGAACAUCUUGUUCACGCUGAUGAAUGUAGACACGAAAAUCAAAGAUAAAGAGCUGGCUCCGCCCCUGCAGAUCACACCACAGACUGCUACCAUCGCCUUUGAUAACGUGCAUUUUGAAUACCUUGAGGGGCAGAAAGUUCUCAGUGGCGUGUCUUUCGAAGUCCUGGCAGGAAGAAAAGUGGCCAUUGUAGGAGGCAGUGGGUCAGGGAAAAGCACCAUUGUAAGAUUAUUGUUCCGCUUCUUUGAACCUCAGAAGGGGGAGAUUUAUGUUUCGGGCCAGAACAUACAAAACGUCAGUCUGGAAAGCCUGAGGAAGGCCAUAGGAGUUGUCCCUCAGGAUCCUGUCCUGUUCCAUAACACCAUCUUCUACAACCUUUCGUAUGGCAAUGUCAACGCCUCUGCAGAAGACAUCUAUGCGGUGGCAAAACUGGCAGGAAUCCACGAUGCUAUUCUUAGAAUGCCCAAUGGGUACAACACCCAAGUGGGUGAGCGAGGUCUGAAGCUGUCAGGAGGAGAAAAGCAGAGAAUUGCGAUCGCCAGGGCCAUCCUAAAGAAUCCUCCCAUUAUCCUCUACGAUGAAGCUACUUCUUCUUUAGAUUCCAUUACGGAAGAGAACAUCUUGAAUGCCAUGAGGGAUAUGGUGAAACACAGAACAUCCAUCUUCAUUGCACACAGGUUGUCCACUGUGGUGGAUGCCGAUGAAAUAAUUGUCCUCCAUCAGGGUAAAGUGGCAGAGCGUGGCAAGCAUUUAGAUCUCCUGACCAGCCCCAGCAGCCUCUACUACGAGAUGUGGCACACGCAGAGCAGCCGGAUGAUGAACAGAAACACCAGUGAACGGUGGGAGGAGAGGAACCACCACUUGUCCAAGGAGGAAGAAAGGAAGAAACUCCAGGAAGAAAUCAUAAAUAGUGUGAAGGGCUGCGGGAACUGCUCGUGCUGAGAUGGAAUCCCGUUUCCUUCCCUUUCCAGCAAUUUAAUAACAACUUUGCACCGGCCCUGUUUUCCGCUGCAUUCAACAAAAUAAACAGUUCCAUAUAGACUUUGCUGGCCUAGUUAAAAGGCUUCUUUCCCUCCGUGGAACAUCGUUUCUGUAACCAAAGGAUUCAACAUAAAUGUCCGUGAGCAUCUCUGAUAGUUACUGAGAUCGGUGGGAACAGGUUGAUGAGCCCGUGUACACUUCCUCUUCACCUCGCCCUGACAAUUCCUUGUAAAAUGGCAUAAAUCCCAUCAUAUGGAGGGUGUUGAAAUGUUUCUGCUACGAAGUGGAGUGUUUAUACUUCCUUUCAGCACUGCUGGUGGGCUACACAUGUUUUUAUACAUCAUCAACAUUACAGAUGUUUUUAACAAGCAUCCGUUUUCUCAAGUGUGUGCACUAACAGGAGAAGGGAAGCUGACCUUCUUUAAAAAACCUGUUGGAUGUGAUAGUAUUUUUAUCCUUUUAUACAGAAUAAUGGACAUCAGGUCUUUGGUAACAAACUCCAGUCUUUUGCCAUGACACAUUCCCUCAGUUGUCCCUAUAAAAAUAAUAAUAAUAAUACUUUCCAUGAGAACUCUGAAAAUUACAAACAAGAUCUGGGUCUGAAAAUGAUCAGAGCAUCUCUCAAGGCAAAAUAAGAAAGGCCAGCCCAUCUAUAUUUUUUGUUCUUCCCAGAAAAACACAAGGAAAUGAUGCUAUUAAAUUCUAACAAAAAUUCAAUAUAAACAUUAUGAGUCUUAUUGUCUUGCCGAUAAUUCAGGCUUCCAUACUGAGGUGCAGAAUGCAUUCAGAUAGAUGGGCACAAUUUGGAAUACCUGUCAGUUGAACCCUAUUCAGUUAAUAAGUAUUGCUGAAGAAAAUUGUUUGAAAAUUUGGUGUGUUGGGUUUAUGAAAUUGACCUUGAUUAAAAAAAAAAAAAAACACUGUUCAGCAGAUAAUGCACCAUGAGGAUGAGUAACUUUCCUGUUGUGUCUGCCUUGCUAAUGUGUGGUAAUAGUUGGAAUUGCUUUUAAUUUAGGAUCUGUCUUUGCUUGUUCUCUACCUGGAUGUGUCUUUUCCUUGAAGUUAGUGGAGAGAUGAAAAUGAAGUAUCUUUUUAAUUUAA